UACCAUCGUACCAGCUCUAAAGCAAAACAAGAAGAAAAACCAUUCUUUUUCUGCAAAGGAAAUAGUUGCAAUUUGUUGAUUUACUAGCUUAAAUCGAUUGUAAAAUGAGUUCGGCUCGCUUCGCGCGCUCCGGCCGCGUCCGCAUCUGCAUCCUGAUGACCAUGUUCAUCGUGCUCAUCAUGAUGAUUGUGAUCUACCAAAUGUCCCAACACCAAUUGGACGAGAGCCGCGCCUUCCAAGAGGGCCUCAGUGUCCAGAUGCAAUCUCUGAAUGCCGAGAAACUGACCGCCGAGAAGAGAAUGAGCGCGCUGCGCUCGGAAAAGAUGACCCUGCAGGAGCAGUACGAGGGUCAGUUGGCGGAGGCACUACGGAAGCAGCACGACACGGAACACGCACUGCAAGAGAAGUUCGACGCCCAAUUGGAGAAGUACAAGCUGCUGGAGGUUAAGUACACCGACUUGGAGGCCGAGUGCGUUAAGAGCAAGAAGAAACACAUCGAGGACACGAAUGCGUUCGACCAAAAGCUGCAAAAGGUCCUGGCGGAUCUUCAUAAGGACAAGGCCAGCAAGGAGCGCGAGGUGGCUGCCUGGAAGGAAAAACUGGACAAGCUACAGCGCGAUGGAGAGCACAAGAUUCACGCCCUGGAAGCCACAAUUGCGGAAUUCAAGACCAACUGCAACUAUGUACCUAAAGUCCAGCCCGCCGAGGCACCGGCCCAUGGACACCAGCAGCAACUGAACAAGCCCGCCGAGCAGAUGCCCACCACGCACCACUCAAAUCCCGCCCAGCUAGCGCACAGCAUUGAAAAGCCGCGCAACGAGAAGUCCUUCGAUGCCCAAGUGCAAGUGAGUGAAGGCCUCUACAGGAUUGGCGGCGGGGUAAAUCUGCUAACAACUAACCCAAAUCAAAACCUAACAAACGCGUCUACUAACUUCACACUUAAGAGUAAUGGUGAUGGAACCCAGGAGCAGCCGAAACUGCCUCUGAUGCCUUUUGCCGUGUCCAACAACCACAGCCUCAUACUAAACUCUGUUGAAAACUUUCAGAUUGUGCCCAAAUCGGCCAGUGAGAAGCAGCAGCAGGAGGAGCCGCAACUGUCCGGCGGUCCUGUUUCCCCGCUGAGUGCACCCCGCAAGAGCAGCACACAAGCCUCAGUGGGCAGCGCGUCGGACAAGAAAGCCGGCGAUGCCCCCAACGCAUCUGUAGCCCCAAGAGUCAGUAGCAGCGGCCUUCCGCCGCUUGCAGUGCCACCAGCGAAGACAGAGCGCAAACUUCCCGAAAACGUGGCUCCCAUUCCCGAGAACUUUGAAGACAAAACGGAUACCAAGGGCGACGCUGUCGAUGUAGACAACGCCGCCGAGGAGCUGCCGAAGAACGAGAACAACAAUCGUUACGCCAAUGCCGUAAAUGAUAUGGAGGGCAACAAAAAUGUAGGUGUAGCACCCAAACCCAUCGAGGAUUCGGGCGCCCAUGAAGUUAAGGACGCGUUAAACGAGCCCAGCUUUAACUUGCCCGCCGCUGGUGGCGUCCAGAAUUUCUUCGAUGGCGAAUUGCCGGCACCUGGUCCCGGACCCGUUCCCGAUGAAACGGCCAAACAGAUGGCCGAGGCAGCCGGUGCCGCCGGAGGUGGCGACGGAGAUGACGACGACGAUGUGGGUGAUGUGGCCGUGAAACAGCCACAGCACCUGCUCGAUACAGACAAUCUAAACAACGAAAUCAUGGCUGACCAGGGUAAGGAGUUCGCCGAAGGCAUCCACCUGGAAGACGGCAUGGAUGAAGAUCAAGAUGAGGACGACUACUCCAAUGGUGGUGCGGCACGCAAGAAGGGAGGCGAGGUUAUUAGACACUAAGUAAGAUAAUUUUCUAUUAAUAUUGAGCGGCAAGUGUGCAAAGGCUUAGAAACCCCUUUAUAUUAAAGCCGUGCUCGGUAAGCCAUAGAUUCUAGGGUUAAUCAUAACGAUAUGUCGCAAAUUGAUCAUUAAAUUUGUACGUUAAUUGAAGAUUACAAAUCGAAAUCUAUCCUGGCUUGAGCACGCCCUAAGCGUCAUGACUACCAUCAUUUCGUUAAUAGCAAAUGAAGAACAAGAAAUUAAAACUCGCAGGAAAAACAAUACUCUGAGAUGGAGCUACGAACAAAUUCAGACAUAUUUAAAAAUUAUUAGUCCCGAAUUAGCAAUAAUCGAUAUAGUUGCUAUAUCCCUAACCACAUUUCAUUAACAAAUAUACUCUAUAUACUUGGUUUUCUGUGAUAAAAAUAACUCGCUGCACUGCAUUUGGGCAAUGUUGCCUGUUUUUUUGUCGCUGCCACCACGUUUCACUUCUGCAUUUGCAAUUCCGUCAACUCAUUUCGCUAGAGAUUAGGUAGCCACAUAAGAUAUGAGUGUACGCUAGCAUUCGAAAACACACACAAACUUUAUUGGUAAUGAUAAUUAAUAAUAAACUUAAUUGAUAAAUGUUAA